UGUCCGUCAGCCGGGAAUCUCCUUUUCAACGCCGUGAUAGAAUCGGCGACUAUCUUCUCUCUCUCUUUCUCUUUCUCUCUCCCGAUAAAAACGAACAAGAAAAGAAAGAGACUCUCUUUCCUUGAACGAUUUCUCCCUUUUUUCCCCUCUCGACUACAAAUAUGCUGUACGGGCGAUGGAUGUGAUCGACUACUGCAACCCUGUAAAGGCUCUCUCUGUCUAUGUGUGUGUGGGGCUGAUGCUGAUAUAAAACGUAGGCCACUAUACGAUUGGCACUGACUGGUUGCCAGAAAAGAAAAAAAGACCAAAAAAGAAAAACUUCUAUAUUUUUCUCCCUCCUUUUCUUCUUCUUCUUGCUCCUUCUUCCCUCCUUCCCUCUAACUUUCCUACCCAUCAGCGGCGUCCUCUACCCUAUUGGUUCCACAACCGGCAGUCGUUGCUCUGAGACGGUGGUCUCCAGUUUGAAUUCUCCAUCGCUGCUCGGCCGAACAGACCAGACCCGCCGAGCGUGUGCCAAACAAACUUUCAUCGUUGCCUAUCAAAAGACCUGCGACCGUGUACUUUCUAUACACCACGGCCAUCACGGCGAUUAUUAGACGACGGUUGACCUUUUCACUGCUGCUGCUGCUGCUGGCUGUCCAUUGCACUGUUGCCCCUCCUUUCGUCAUCGUCAGCUGCCGAGUGCUUCGUGAAUAACAAACUCUAACUAACUAAUUGGUGGAUAUUCCCAACAAGGCAGUGAUCGGCUGCUUGAUCUCCUAGGCUGCGGAUAUAAGACGAGCAAAAUCCAAUUGCCGUUUGGCCGUCGUCAGGACAUCAGUGGUUGGCAAUAAUAAUCAUUUGACUGAUGUGAUGAAACAACUAAUUGACGCUGAUUGAAUCGUGGCGAAAGAAGCAGAAGGAGUCAAAAGGAUUGGCCGAUGGAAAUUGAGACUUUGCAACUAAACAUGGACGAUCGGGAUUCGAAUGAGGCAGCAGCUGCAAUCCACGCCCAGGUGACAAGUGGGCAACCGACAAUGACGAACGAUGACGUCAACAUUGUCGUCGAGGGCAAAGGCACGGCCGGGUCUUCGACGUGUUUGGCUCCGAAUAGCGACGACGUGAGGUUGUUGCCAGACAACAACAAAGAGGGCGACAAUGCCGACGAAGAACGUGAACUUGAGCUGCACCAGCAGCAACCGUCUCUCAUCUUUGUGGGACAAAGUCACAGGCACUCGAUCGACGACGGGCGGACGGUCCAACUUUUGCCGCUGGGCGAACAGCAACAACAGCCACCGCCGCCCGAGAUCCUGGUGGCGUACUUAUCCGGAGAGCCGGAAGCCGUUGCGGCCAUCGAACUCUUGAGGGAAGCGCAGCGGAUCUGGGACCAGCGGAAGCGGCCGAGCAUGACGCCGUCCAGCAUUUCCAGCAGCGGGCUCCAACUCCAACUGCUGGAUGAGAACCAGGAGUCGCUUUCGCCUUCGAUAGCGGACGACGACGGCCAGUCGGCCAAGGGCAAGGCCACAACCACCAGACGCUACAGCCACGAAGACCUGAGAAUCGCCUACACCAACAUUUCUGCCCAGCUGGUCGCCUCCGAGCGGAUGACGGAACAAGCGGCCGAAUGUUCCGACAAUCAUCCGGCUCCUCUUCCUCUCAAAUCGCCGGCCCAACAACAACAACAGCAACAGCAGAGGAAACUGCAACAACAUUAUCGGCGGAGAGCGUCUGCUCAGGCCGAAUCGCUGACUGGACAGGCCGUUGCUCGUUACCAGAACAAACAGUCACAGCAGCAGCUGCCCAGCAACAAGAAGAAUUCCAUUUCAGGGCCGGCCGUGGCCACCAGUGGGCGGAAUAAUAACAUCAAGCGAAUCAACGGGACUCCGCGGGGAUCGACGGCGGGUCAGCAACUGGAAUUGGAGCAUCCGCAACGGGCUCGUUCCAGCCGAGGCUCAGUGGACGCCGUCAGCCAAGCCAUGAACACGGCCGGCAUGGCGGCCGUGAGCGGCCCGUCCUCGCGACGCAAUUCGUCGCUGACGGAUUCGGCGUAUUUGAAAGUGAUGAUGGCCGAUUCCGGCGGACGACGUCCCUCCAGCCACCGACUCGCCGGCGCCGCGGUAGACGCCGACACUCUGCUGCCGCUGGGCUCGGACGCCGUCAGUUUCCACCGGGAACAGCGUCGUCGGGCGUCGACGUCCAAAGCCUCGGCCAUUUUCCUGCUGUCGCCGAGCGGCAAAGAAGGGGGCGGGCAACUGGUGCCGGAACCGGAGGAUGAAGACGACAAUUCACCAGAAGGGCGUCGUCGACGUCGUACCAUUUCCGUCAUCGCCACGGUGGGCGCCUUUCUGCUCGUCCUCUCCAUCCUGAUGGUCACCGUCACACUCCGACUGGCCACUCACAUUGACGAUCUCGUGCGCAAGGAAAAUGAACUGCAGACGAUCACUUCCAUUUCCAGCAACGGGGACAUGAACAGCACAACCGGCAGCACCGGUUUAUUGUCUCAACAGUCGACCAGCCAAUUGGGGACGAUUCUAAAUGCAACAACGACGGCGAUACCCGGCAUCAUCAUCGGCACCCUCACAGCAGCAGCAGCCAACAGUUCGACGAUGAAUUCGAUAUAAUUCCGUCUAGCUAUCCGCCUGCCAUAGAUUCGAAAAAUAAAAAAAGGAAGAAAUGAAUUCGUCCAUCGCCGCCAACAACCUCUUCUCCUCCCACCAAGAAAAUUAAAAAAAGAGAAAAGUCCACCACUGUUACCAGUUGUCGUCGUCUCGUCAAACUGAUUUACAAAUAAUUGAAUUAUCAAAACAAACAAUGAACUGAAACCAAUUGUAGCUAUGAUUAAUUAUGACUGUUACUUGAUUACGUAAAAGAUAAAAUUUGAACGCGAGUGAGAACAACAGCAGCUUACACCGUAUAUAUUCUUCGUCUCAAUUUGUUCUCUUCCAAUAUAAUAUGCUGUUCAUUAAAAAAAAAAGGAAAAUUGGAAAUUGUAUUUGUCGUCUAAUGGAUCCCAGCUCCCCGAAAAUUCCUUUCCCUUUAUCUCUUCUCUGUCUUCUUCUCGUUCCCCUUUCCAUCAUCCAUCGUACACCCAUCCACCGCUGACUAUUUACAUGUUUUUGUUUCAAAAAAUGAGUAAGAGCGAAAGAAGAAGAGGGAUAUCAUUCGGUGCUGCCCACAGGAAUAAACGGGGCGCCUGCGAUGAUUGCAGCUCGAGCAUUCAGAGAUUUCUGGGUAGAAGAAAAGAAUGAAAAGAUUCGAUGAAGAAACAACAUCGUUAUUCGUUUGUCGCAGACCUUGUUUGUAUAACCUAGUCGUUGCUGACGUUGUUUAUUUGUAAAAUAUAAACCAUUUUACCCCCA